UAUAAUCAUGUUAUCCGUUUCAAUAUCAAGAAAUUUAACUAGCAUAGUUGGAGAGUGUUGUUAAUUUUGAUUAGUAGUGGACAAUCCGGUUUAAGGUUUGGUUCCGGUUCGAUUUUACGGUUUAUAUAUUACUUGUUUUCUCUGUGUUUUUCUUUUGUCUAAAAACACUCUAAAGAACUUAAAGAUAUUCGUCUGAUUGUUCUCUCUCAAAUUGGCUCAUCCUCUCCAUUCAAUUCAUCCCAAGUACCAAAGCAAGCUACUUCGAUCUUCCUCUUACUACUCUCGUUUCUAAUUAUUGUUGUUAUCUUAAAUGGGUUCAUCUGAGAAGAGAUCAAAGGAUAUCAUGAGUGACAUACCAACUUUCAGUGCAGAGAAUUUGCAGAACAAUUUGAAAGUCAUUCAAAACAGCCGGACGUUUCUGUCUAUCAUAGCUGGUGUCUUAGCAGGAAUAAUUGGAUUCAAUGGCUUGAUUGGUUUUGUAUUUUACUUUGUGGUGAUGUUGAUCACAUCUGUUGGGCUCAUGGCUAAGGCAGGAUUCUCAGCUGACUUGUACUUUGAUUCGUGGAAUCGGGUUCUUUUUGACGGUUUUCUUGGUGGCCUUAUGUCGUUUGUGCUGUUCUGGACGUAUCCUUAAACUCAAUUUGGUGGUCAUACUCAUUUUAUGAUAAUGUGCAAAACUAAAUCAAAGGUUGAUUAGCUUUAUGGAAAAACAUCUAUGGUAUGGUGUAGGUAAAAAUGAUUAGCUUCUUAAGAACCUGUGAUUAACAUAGAAAUGGCCUUUUUGUUUACUUCGUGUAGAAUCAAGUAUAUGCGCAACUCGAAAACAGCUCUCUCUAUUCUCUGUUUGUCUCAGUAGGUUUCCUUAACAAUGGAGUAGAUUUGCGUAUGACUUGGUGCACAUAUUCUGAGGGAACUUCUGCUCCAGAUGAGGAUGGUGAAACGGCACACAAGAUUGAGUUCGGGUUUUGCAGCCUCUUCAUCUAAACUGAAUUAGAUUGACAAUGUUUCUCUUGUUCCCUUUUUGAACAACAGUUUAUGAGUUCGUAUUACCUUUUUUUGUUAUUUGAGAUCACAUCAAACUGUGAAAACCUUUAGAUUGAAAAGUUUCAAGUAUUUACACUUUCUUCCAAUUUCAUGUGUUCACAUUGUUGUUUUCUUUUUUUUUUACAUUCUUGCAUGUAAAAUAUAUUCGAAUAUGCUUAAGAUUUCAAUAGAGAACAUUAGAACACUC